AUGAAAGUACUACCGGAACUGUUGAAGUCGGUCGAGUUUGGCGGAGGUGGUCCAAAGGUUCUGUCCGCUAUCCUGAAGAUUGGCGGCAAGCUGUCUCAGGACGAAUUCAACUCCAAGCUGACUCCAGUUAUUGUUCGCUUGUUUGGGAACCCUGAUCGAGCCAUUCGAGUUUGCUUGUUGGAUCAUCUGCCAGUGAUGGCAGAAAAUCUGCCUCAGAAAAUCGUCAACGACAAGAUCUUUCCUCAAAUGACAUCCGGCUUCACUGAUGCGGCGCCUGUUGUUCGAGAACAAACGGUCAAAGCUGUCUUGCCUAUAAUCAAUAAACUAAGUGAUCGAACAAUCAACGGCGAGCUUCUCAAAUUCCUUGCGCGAACAGCCAACGACGAACAGCCGGGUAUACGUACCAAUACGACCAUCUGCUUGGGGAAGAUCGCAAAGAACCUAGGUCAAGGUUCAAGAGCCAAAGUGCUUGUCGCUGCAUUCACGCGUGCUCUUCGAGAUCCCUUUCUACAUGCCAGAAAUGCCGGCUUGCUGGCGCUGUCCGCAACGUUGGAUGUUUUCUCCGAGGAAGACUGCGCCACUAAGGUGCUACCAGCGAUAUGCCCCGCUCUUUUGGACCGGGAGAAAUUAAUACGAGACCAAGCCAACAAAACACUAGAUCUAUACCUACAGCGUGUUCGGAAAUUCGGCAGCACGAUGGCCGAUACGGUCCUGCCGCCAGCUACCAGCCCUGACGCCCCCACGGAAGCCGCCCGCAUUGGGACGUCUAAUGAUAAAUCCUGGGCGGGAUGGGCCAUCUCCUCCUUUACCAACAAGAUGGCAGCUGCCGAUGGAGAUAUCCAAGCCACGGGUGCUAAGCGAUCCGAUGAAACCGCGCGCUCUGCAUCCCUGCCCCGUCCGGCCAAGGCAACGUCCCCUGCGCCUUCGACUCAGUCAAUCCCACUGCGGCCCGCAACUCAGUCUUUGAACCGCUCGGUAUCGGAGCAGCCGACUCCCGUACAAAAGGCAGAAGAGCCGGCGGAUGACGUUUACGACGCAUGGGGAGCUAUGGAUGACGAAGACGAGGAUGGCUGGGGCAAUAACGAAGAUCCAUUCAAUGCUCCAACACCCGUCGCGUCUACCGGGACUACCUCGAAACCGAAAGCAAGUCCCGUCCCGUACGAUGAUGGCGGAGAACCCGACUUCGCCGGAUGGCUUGCAGCACAGUCGAAAGCAAAGAAACCCUUGCCGAAGGGGUUGAAUACGUCGCGCACUACCUCAAUUCCGCGGACAUCCAGCCCUAGCACUAUAUCAAAGCCUAAGGCUGCACCGGCAAAGAAAAUUGAUACGAAGCCGAAGGACGAAGAUGAGGAAGAUGGAUGGGGUGAUGCGUGGGAUUAG